CAGCAAAAGGGAGUGAGAACUUCGAUUCAGAACUUUAAUGUGAUCCUGGACUGCAGAGCAAAAGGGCUUGAUUGGGCUGUUUGGAGUGUGUUACAUACGGACUGGAAAGUCUUCAAACCUUUUGUGUAUAUAUAGAUAUAUAUAUUCUUCACUCUGUUGAUUUCAAGAUGAAUGUGCAGCCUUGUGCUAGAUGCGGCUUUGGGGUUUACUCUGCUGAGAAGAUUAACUGUAUAGAUCAGACAUGGCACAAAGCCUGUUUUCACUGUGAAGUCUGCAAGAUGAUGCUAACUGUAAAUAACUUUAUCAGCUAUCAGAAAAAGCCUUACUGUCAAGCCCAUAACCCAAAAAACAACACAUUCACAAGCAUAUAUGAGACACCAGUAAAUAUAAAUGUGAAGAAACAAUCAGAAGCAGUAAGUGAGAUUAAAUAUCGAGAAGAGGGGGAACGAUUCAAAUCGUUUUUUCACUGGGAUGUGGCAUCCAGAGAUAUGGAAGCAGCCCAUAGAGUUCAACAGCUGGCCAGACAGAAAGCCUACCAAGCUGCAUAUGAGGAAAACAAAUCCUGGUAUUCUGGAACCAUCCCAGAUCCCGAAACGGUCAGGAUAGCUCAGGCACAGAAGACUCUCGGUGAUUUGAAAUACACAGAAGAAUAUGAACAACAGAAAGGCAAAGGCAGCUUUCCAGCCAUGAUGACUCCAGCUUACCAGAUAGCUAAGAAAGCCACUCUGCUAAGCAGUGAAGUGGCAUAUAAGCGAGGACAUGAAGACAGAGUUUCCAGCUAUACUACUGUUGUAGACACUCCAGAUCUACUGCGCGCAAAGGCUGGAGAGAAGUUUAUGAGUGAUCUGAAAUACACAGGAGAAUAUGAACAGCAGAGAGGGAAAGGCAGCUUUCCUGCUAUGAUCACUCCAGCUUAUCAGAUAGCCAAGAAAGCUAAUGAACUAGCCAGUGAUGUGAGGUAUCAUCAAAGAUAUGAAAAAGAGAUGAAGGGAAAAGCCAGCCAUGCAACUGGAGCAGAUGAUGCUUUCACAAAAGAAAAUAUAGAUCACUUUAGCCAGGAUUAUAUGGAUGAAUAUGAAGAGCACAGAGGGAAAGGAAGCUUUCCUGCUAUGAUCACUCCAGCUUAUCAAAAUGCCAAGAAAGCAAAUGAACUGGCAAGUGACAUAAAAUACAAAAAGGAUCAUUCAAAGAUGAAAGGGGCAGCCCACUUCCAUUCUCUUUCAGCCGAAGACAACUUAGUUCUUAAACAAGCCCAGAAUGUCAACAAGCUUGUCAGUGAGGUGAAGUACAAGAAGGACCUGGAAAACAGUAAAGGCCACAGUAUUAACUACUGUGAGACUCCCCAGUUCAAGAAUGUGAGCAAGAUCUCAAAAUAUACUAGUGAUCUUAAAUACAGAGAAAAAUACCAGAAUCAAAUGAAAGGUCAUUAUGAAGGCAUUGGCAUGGACAGGCGCACUCUGCAUGCUAUGAAGGUUGGCAGGUUGGCAAGCAAUAUAGCCUAUAAAUCUGAUUACAAGCACGACAAUGUUGACUACAAUUACCCAGCUACACUCACUCCUUCAUAUCAAACAACAAGGAAGUUGGCUCCUUUGAAAGAUGUAAACUACAGACAAAGCAUAGACAAACUGAAGUACAGCUCUGUUACCAGCACUCCACAAAUUAUUCAAGCCAAAAUAAACUCACAACAGCUCAGUGAUAUUAAGUACAAAGAAGGUUGGGAGAAGACCAAGGGUCGGGGCUUUGAAAUGAAUCUGGAUUCCAUGUCUUUACUUGCUGCCAAAGCCUCAAGGGAUCUUGCCAGUGAUAUUAAAUACAAAGAAGAAUAUGAAAAGACAAAAGGCAAAGCAAUUGGAAACAAAGAUUCAAGACUUCUGCAUUCGUUGCAAGUGGCCAAGAUGAGUAGUGAGAUUGCUUAUAAAAAAGGUUUUGAGGAGAGUAAGAGACAUUUCCAUUUGCCCAUGGACAUGGUAAACCUGAAGCAUGCCAAGAAAGCCCAGGCUUUGGCUAGUGACCUUGAAUAUAGGAAGAAACUCCAUGAGUACACAAUGGUUCCAGAAGACAUGAAGACAAAGUGGGCCAAGAAGGCCUAUGGACUUCAGAGUGAGCUGCAGUACAGGGCAGAUCUGACAUGGAUGAAAGGAGUUGGAUGGAUGACAGAAGGGAGUGUUAAUGUAGAACAAGCCAAAAAAGCAGGAGAUCUUGUUAGCGAGAGAAAGUACAGACAGAAAGCCGAUGCUCUAAAGUUCACCAGUGUGGCCGACAGUUCCCAGAUCAAACACGCGAAGAAAAGCCAGGAACUGCAGAGUGAUGUUGCAUACAAGUCGGGAAAAGAGCAGUUUCUUCAUCAUUACACCAUCAGCAAAGAUGAACCUCUCUUCAUACGGGCCAGAGCAAAUGCUGCAAAUAUUAGUGAGAAAUUGUACAAGAGUAGCUGGGAGAAGCAGAAGGAAAAAGGAUUUGAACUUCGUCUUGAUGCACUGUCUUUCUUGACAGCUAAGGCAAAGAGGGAUCUGGCAAGUGAUAUAAAGUAUAAGGAAAGUUAUGAGAAGACCAAGGGUAAAUUGAUUGGAGUGAAAGACGUGAAAGCAGACUCACAGAUAGCGCAUUCUCUCCAAAUGUCCAAGUUACAGAGUGAUCUGGAGUAUAAGAAGGCAUCUGAGGACACAAAGUCUCAGUUUCAUGUCUCCAUGGAUAUGAUAAACCUUGUCCAUGCCAAAAAGGCUCAGAAUUUGAUCACAGAUAGAGGAUAUAAGACAACCCUGCAUUGUUAUACUGCUCUGCCUACUGACAUGAAAGUGGAAUGGGCCAAGAAGGCCUAUGGUUUGCAAAGUGAUAACCAAUACAGAGCAGAUUUGAACUGGAUGAAAGGAGUUGGAUGGAUAGCUACUGGGUCAUUAAAUGUGGAGCAGGCUAAGAAGGCAGGAGAACUCAUUAGCGAGAAGAAGUACCGUCAGCAUCCAUGUGCUUUGAAGUUUACCAGUAUUAAAGACACUCCUGAGAUGAUCCAGGCUAGAAUUAGUUAUAACCAGGCUGUGGAUAGGCUGUACAAGGAGCACGGAGAGAACAUAAAGCAUCAUUAUACACAAACAGCAGAUCUUCCUGAAAUCCUUCAGGCUAAAUUAAAUGCUUUGAAUAUCAGUGAGACUCACUACAAAGAAUCCUGGAGUAAGCUAAGAGAUGGUGGAUAUAAACUGAAAUUGGAUGCCAUUCCCUUCCAGGCAGCAAAGGCUUCAAGUGAAAUCAUAAGUGAUUACAAAUACAAGGAGGCAUUUGAGAAAAUGAAAGGACAGAUGAUUGGCUCACAGGGCUUGGAAGAUGAUCUUAACGUUGCUCACUCAGUGCAUGCAGCUUUGCUACAAAGUGAUGUAAAAUACAAAAAGGGUUUUGAGCAUAUGAAGACCCAGUUCCAUCUGCCACUGGAUAUGGUAAACUUAGUGCAUGCCCGGCAAGCCCAGUCAUUGGUCAGCGAUCAGGAAUACAGAAAACUACUUCACCAGUACACCUCUGUGACGGAUGAUGUGAGAUUGCAGUGUGCUAAGAAAGCUUAUAAACUCCAGAGUGAGAAUUUGUACAGGUCUGACAUGAACUUUAUGAAAGGAGUUGGCUGUAUUACUCCAGGGGCCCUAGAGAUUGAAGGAAAGAAGAAAGCUUCUGAACUCAUCAGCGAGAGUAAAUAUCGUCAGCAGCCACAUUCCUUCAAGUACACAUCGGUGACAGACUCUCCUGGCCUCCUUCAUGCAAAAUUCAGCAACAUGAUUGCUAAUGAGCGCCUGUAUAAAGCAGCUGGAGAAGACAUUCUGCAUCACUGCACACUAACCCUAGGUCUGCCUGAGUUUUCACGGGCAAGAAUAAAUGCAGCUAAUCUCAGUGAUGCGAAGUACAGAGAGUCUUGGCAUAAUCUGUGUGCUCAAGGCUACAAGCUGACAAUGGAAGCGAUCCCUUUCCAGACUGCCAAGGCCUCCAGAGAAAUUGCCAGUGAUUGUCAAUACAAGCACAACUUUGUGAUGGAAAGAGGAAAGCACAUCGGUGCCAGAAGCAUUGUGGAUGACACCAGGUUGCUACACUGCUUCCAUGCUGGGAAGUUGCAAAGCGAACAGGAGUAUAAAAAAGGGUCCCAGGAGAUCUGGUCUCAGUACCAUUUGCCCAUGGACAUGGUGAAUCUAGUCCAUGCUAGGAAGGCCCAGGCCUUAGUGAGCGAGCAAGAUUAUAGGAAAAGAUUCCAUGUGUAUACAGCACUACCUGAAGACUUGAAGAUGCAAUGGGCAAAGAGAGCCCACAUGCUACAGAGUGAGUCUCGCUAUAAAGCAGACCUGAACUUCAUGAAAGGGGUUGGUUGGCUGGCUCUAAGAUCUCCACAGAUAGAAAAUGUAAAGAAGGCUGGAGAGCUCAUCAGUGAGGCAAAGUAUCGUCAGAAGCCAGGGAGUAUGAAGUUCACCACAGUGGUUGACUCUCCAGACCUGAUCCACGCGAAGCAUAGCUACAUCCAGUGCAGUGAUAGGCUGUACAGAUCUGGAGACUCUGAUGCAAUGCACAGAUACACCCUGCCUCCUGACCACCCAGAUUUUGUCAGAGCCCGCCUGAAUGCACUUCAUAUCAGUGAUAAAAUGUAUAAAACAGCCUGGGAACAGACCAGGGCAGCUGGCUAUGAUUUUAGGUUGGAGGCCAUCCCAUUCCAGACCGCUAAAGCUUCAAGAGAAAUUGCCAGUGAUUUCAGGUACAGAGAGGCCUUCCUGAGGGAUAAAGGCCAACAGAUCGGAUUCCGUAAUGUGAAUGACGAUCCCAGAAUGAGGCACUUCAUCAGGGUGGGAAAACUCCAGAGCGACAACCAAUACAAGAAGGAGUUUGCCCAAAACAGGACACAGUUCACGAGUCACAUGAAUCAGCCCAGAUUCAUCCAUGCUAAGAAGAGCCAGCAGCUAAUCAGCAAUGUCAACUACAAACAGCCCCUGCCCCAGUACACUUGUGAUCCCGAACAGCUGAAUCUGAAGCAUGCAAAACAGGUCUACAAACUCCAGAGUGAUGUCAAAUACAAGUCUGACUUGAACUGGAUCAGAGGCAUUGGCUGGACUCCCCCAGGCUCUUAUAAAGUGGAAAUGGCAAGAAGAGCUGCGGAACUGGCAUCUGCUCAGGGAAUGGCACCUCAGGGUACUUAUGGCCAAUAUGAACAAGGAGUGGAGGGGGCAGAGGCAGGAGGAUCCCAGCAGGUCAGCGUCAACCCUGAUGCUUCAGAAAUUCUGCAAGUCAAGCGGAGGAAAAUGCAGCUGUUUAAGAAAUGAAUAGAAAGAUGAGGCAGCACUGAAGCUUACAUGAAAACGUUUCGCUUUUUCAGCUUGUCCUGUUGCUUUCCUGACUAAGGAGCACAGUAGAUGGCAUCUAAGAACUGUUUUGGUCUAUUUCCGUUUCUUUUAAAAAAUAACAACCACACAGACCCUGCAAUUUAAUAUUGAUCUUUAUAUUUUUGUGUGGAUACUUAUAGACAAGUGAUUUAUAAGUGUAUGUAAUACAAAGUAUGGUAUUUAUUUAUGGCUGUCAAUGAAAUUAGUACUAGAUGACUGGCCGGCUCAGCUUUGUACUAAAGAUUAAUAAGCCCUGAUUUGUAGAAUGUAAAAUCAUUUGUAUUGAAUAAAUCAAAUGCAGUUGUUUCCAUAAAUGAUGCCUUUAGAUA